UGUGUGCCACUGACGCACUGGUUGGAAGUGGGUCGGCUUGGCAUUAGUGUGUAGUGUGAAGGUUGUUGUUUAGAUGCUGGUUGAAUGAGCAGACUGUCUGUCUGUGCAUGGUUACAGUUUGUCUCAUUCAAACUACAGACCGGAAGCUUUCCUUCCUGCUUAUCACCUGCCCCCCCCCCCACCCUGAAAUUGUCCUCCUGUCCUUAUAUCACCACCUGGAAGCUCCACCUUCGCAAUAUGGCAGAGGCCCUAGCAUCCACCUCCUCUGAGGAUGGCCUGCCUCUGCAGUGGAAACUUUCCAAUCAACGAAGCAGGAAAUCUGGAUGCUCCAACAUCUUUACAGGGCUCAACCUGCACCAGCUACACAGGCUGUUUAGAACAGCAGGAGACAGAGAUGCUGAACAUCGGGCUAAACUGGUGUGGCGAGGGAUGGAUGCAGAUAUAGAGGGGGCACAGGAGGCGAAGGAGGAGGAAGGGGAGGACAGCGAGGAAGAGGCAGGGCUGGCCCAGGCCUUGGUGAGGCUCCGAGUCCGAGCGAGGAACAAAGCUGGUAUCAGAGCGGACACAGAGAGGCACAAGUGGCUCAGAGCAUCAGGUUAUCUCAGGAUUGAGGAGCCAUUAUCCGGCUACCCUGUCAAGGAUGAGGAGGCUGACAUAGCGCCCAGUUCAGGAGAAUUUCUGUCGGCGACUGAGGAAGACACCUCAGAGAACCAAAACCCCUUUAAACCCUCCUCGUGGAGGUUGGGUGUGGCAAGACAUGAGGGUGCCAGUCACUCUGAACGCUACCUUCACCACAUCAUCCACUAACAACGACUGAAUGGACUAAACUUGGAGCAACACACUGAUGGAAGCUGAAGUCAUGAAAUACAGGAUUGAUUCAGCGCGAAAUGGCAUACUGUAUUAUUACUGUCAGCACCUUCUGCUAAUAUGUACUCUACAUGUUAGACUCCAGCAUAAAGAAAUAUCAGUAAACCUGGGGAUUACUCCAACUAUUAUAUACAAUUCAAAUGUGUAUCUGUUCCAGUGCACGCAUUAUUGGCUGGGCAGUUCGUGUUUCAAUUGCCAGAUAACUCAUGAUAUAUUAUCACUGUCAUCGUGGCAGGAUAUGGAACACUGGAUCAAGAUCACUUUAACAGCAUUUGUAGCAGAGAAUGUUUUGUGUUUUUGUGACUUAAUACUAAAAUAAACAUCUAAAUGAAGAUGC